AUGGACUUCUCCGGUAUUGAAUUGCAUUUCCGUACGCCACGACUAGGCUUCCAAGUCUUCCAUUACUCGAACGACAUCUCCAACCCCCGCGCCCUGCCCUUGGCACAUAACAUUGGAAUCUUUGACAGUCUCGAGCAAGCCCAAUAUGCAGCCCAAAGCGAGUUGGUACGCGUCUUGGAACUCUAUCUCAGCCAAGGGCACUCCGGUCGUUGUUUUCGCGACAUGAAUUUGAGUCUGCGUGGCCUCAUCACGACGUACGUGGACAACUUGAAUGACGCCAGACAGUUGAUUCGGCGCGAGUUCAUUUUGAGCGAAUUCCAUAUUGUGAAAGUCGACGUCUGGGACCCACCGUGGGCCGUUCGGGCUCGGAGGGCCGUUCAUGAGAGCAAUGUGCAAGCACAUCAAGUAAUCAUGCCAAUACGUGAACCAUCUACGCAAAAACAUCUUUUGGAAAUCAAUCCAAGAUUUGUUCAGCACGAGGAAGAGCGUUCGCCAGAAUGGGCGAGAUCUCGUAUCCCACUAUUUGCUCGUCGAGACGAAGGGCCCUUGCGUCGACCAGGCGAUAAGCCCUACACAGUACGAAUGGGCUUUUCGCCACCAAAGCGAAUGCCUGCUAUUCGGUCCAUGUCAGAGCAGUCAGUCAAACCCCUGAAUAGUGAGCUUUUGCGAAGAAACAGCUUGUGA